CUCUCUCCCACCCACUGGUGACCUCUACCCCGGAAGAAGAAGCAACGCGGCACGAGCUAGCGACGUGGAUGUUUGGAGUCGUUCGAGCCGCCUCGGUCGUCGCCCGGGGUUUCUCGGCGAGAGAGCCGCGGAAUCGAUCAUCCCCUCCCCUCCGCACAAUCAUCCUGCUGUCCUUCUUCGUCCUUCUCCCUUCCUCCUCCUCCUCGUCAUCAACAUUGUCUGUGUGAGCCGGCCACACAGGGCCAUGCUGUGGGGGAGCGGGUGAUCGCACGCAGCUUCUAUCAUGGGGGCGCACAGCAGCAGCAUCAGCGAGCUGACGGACAACGAGUACCUACGGCGUCUCGCCAGCGCCGAGCCCGUCUCGCACAACGAUCCCUUCUGGAACCAGCUGCUCUCCUUCUCCUUUGCAACACCCACCAACAGUUCGGAUUCCAGACUUCUGGAGGAAGCCACGGAAUCAAUCUGCAAGAGCCUGAUAAACAACAAUCCUCGCACGGGAAACUUUGCCGCGCUCGUGAAUGUAUUCAUCAGCAGAACCAAAGAACUGAAAAUCUCUGCAGAAUGCCAAAAUGAGCUGUUUAUCUGGCAGGCGCACAAUGCCCUGUUCAUUGUGCGCUGCCUCAUCAAGGCACUCCAGAGCCACACGAGCGAGGAGGAUCUUGUGAUGCACUUUACCUACAGCCCUGUCACCCCAGGCUCCUGCCAAGAAAGUGAAAGUGAAGGUGGCUCUCUGCUGGAGGACAUGGUCUUGCACCUUAUUCACCUCAUCAUUGAAGUACCUCUGCUGGACAUCACGUACUGCAUCCACCUCGAGGCGGUCACGACGUUGAUGGUGCUGCUGGCGGCACAGCUGCACCAGCGGCACGUGGUGCGGGACGGGCCCCUCUAUCACCUCUUCACGCAGGGGCGCAGCUGUGAGCUGGCCAGCCGCCUGGUCAAGGCCCUCAUGUACCACUUUAUCAGGCAAGAGCGAUGCCCCCCCCACAUCAGCAGCCCCAGCGCCCAUGGCCGGGGCAGCGGCCUCCUCUCGGGACUUGCCUCUGGACUGUGGACCGUGCUGACGUUGGGCGGUGCGGCGUCAGGCGGCAAACUGGCCACCCCGCAGCAGCACGCUGAGGGGUCCUCGCCGCUGGCCAAUCAGAGCCUUUUGUUACUGCUGGCACUGAUGAACCUGAGCGAGACAGAGGAGCAGGCGAACCCAUAUCGCCGAGCGCUCUUGUCCUUCCACAACACGCAAGACACAGCGCCGCAGGAGCAGCCCACAUUCCAGAUCAACUUCAACAGCCUGUACACGGCGCUGUGUGAGCGGCAGGGCACCGACGAGGCCACUCUCUUCCUCUAUCUGCUGCUGCACCAGAACACCAACGUGCGCACCUACGUGCUGGCACGCACCGACACCGAGACGCUGGUGCUGCCCAUCCUGCAGACGCUGUACCACGCCGAGCAGAAGAACUCGCACCACGUGUACAUGUCGCUCAUUGUGUUGCUCAUCAUGAGUGAGGACGACGCGUUCAACCGCUCGGUGCACGAGGUGAUGCUGAGGCAUGUGCCGUGGUACACGGAGCGCGCACUCUCCGAGAUCUCCCUGGGCAGCCUCCUCAUCUUGGUCGUCAUCCGCACCAUCCAGUACAACAUGACGCGCACGCGGGACAAAUAUCUGCACACCAACUGCCUGGCUGCCCUCGCCAAUAUGUCUGCCCAGUUCCACUCGCUGCAUCAGUAUGCUGCCCAGCGCAUCAUGAGCCUCCUGGAACUGCUGUCACGGAAACACAACAAGGUGCUGGAGCAGGCGACACAGAUGCACGGCGCAUCCCUGGGCGAGGACGGGAGCCCGUCGCUGCCCGACUACGCGCAGGACCUGACGGUGAUCGAGGAGGUGAUCCGCAUGAUGCUGGAGGUGGUGAACUCGUGCUUGUGCAGUUCUCUGCAGCACAACCCGAACCUGGUCUAUACGCUGCUCUACAAGCGGGAGCUCUUUGAGCAGUACCGCGCGCAGCCCGCCUUCGCCGACGUUAUGCAGAACAUCGACACCGUGAUCUCUUUCUUCGGGGCCCGCUUGGAGCAGGCUGGCACGGGGCUGUCUGUGGACCAGGUGGUGGACGUCAUCAAGCAAGGAGCCAUCCUUCUUCCAAAGGACAGGCUAAAGAAAUUCCCCGAGCUCAAGUUCAAGUACGUGGAGGAGGAGAGCCCCGAGGAGUUCUUCGUCCCCUACGUCUGGUCGCUCAUCUACAACACCGCCGUGGGGCUGCACUGGUCCCCACGCCAGAUUCAGCUCUUCCCCGUCGAUUGCGUUUGACGACAACUGUCGGGGCACUUGCGGUGGUGGGCGCAAGGUAGUGGGUAGGCCGUGGGUGUGGGAGGAGACCCCAUAUGUCGUUUGGGGUGCAGUGGCCCCUCUGCUCCCCUCCCCCACCCAUCUUAUCCAUGACCACAAGCUUCCAAUAAAUUUCAAAGCGGCACUGUACCCUUACCAGUCCCGCCCCCCCGCCCCCCUCCAACAUCCGAAGACGCAAACGCUCGAAGUGGCCGGCGCCAGGAACUCUUCUCACGACGCCAUCGCUUUGGGGUGGAUGGUGGCGGGGGGGGGGGGGAGUCUGGACAGCAUGGACCACUCCUGAGAGUCUCCACCGAGAGGGACGCUUAAAACCACCAAGCGAGUUAUAAACUGCCUCCUCUAAUGCGUCCAGUCCAGUCGUCUGGGCUCCACGCGAGUGUAAACAUAAACUGAGCUGCAGUCCCUUUCUUAUUAUUAUUGUCGUAUUUUAUUUGUUGUACAAACAGCACUUGAAACUACUGCAGUCAGGGGCAGAGGCUGAGCACGUACGCUGCCUUCGACUGCUGCAUCACGUGAACGGGCUACCUGGUCAUGUGGGGUCGCCUGCCACCCCAGCGUCGCGGUAACCAGGGUGCAGGCAGAUCUGCUCACAGUGGCACCUGAAAGGAGCUCUUCUAAGAUCGGGGUUAAAGCUCGGCGCGGAUUUGGGCCUCAUGCAUAUUGAGAAAUCGAAUGCGGCUUCCAAUUUUCUUUUCUUUAAACUAUGCGGCAAAUUGAUGGGUGUAUUAUUUUUUUCGCAAUAAGACGUCACCGUGGACCGGUCUGCAAAGUCGUCUAAAAUGCCCCCCCCCCCACACCAAUAAUAUCAACAGAACGACGGCAACAUAGAGAAAAUCGAGAACACUCCUUGUGUUUUCCUUUUUUUUACUGUAGAUUGUAAUGUUCUGCAAAGGGAAAUGCUGGUAGUGGGUGGAUGCAAAACAAUACAAAUUGGCUUCACAAGUAGUUCUGUAAUCGCGAAGAACCACACAGUAUGGGUGGAAUGUCAAAUCGGCUGAAUGAGUUUAUUGAGCCUGCAGUGGUCUUGGGAGAAUGUAUUUCACUGGCCUUAAAAUGAGAUCAUUGGUCAUGGGUAUAGCGGUUGUGUAAGGAUAGCGAUGAGAUUGUGUGUCCGGUGCAGAGACUCAAUUGAGACGGUGUCUCACCCACCAGGCUUUCUCAGAUCACAAACUAUCUGCUCAUGCAUACCAAUUGGCAGUUCUUAAUUCAGUUGUGUGCAAAAAAACAUGCAAUGCUAGAAGUUACCAUAUUAUGCAUAAAUAUAUUAAGUUCAUGUAUACACAAUAUUGUACUACUUUUUUUUGCAGCAUUUAAAAAGAUUUGGAAAUAAGGAGAUGAAAAGAGUGUUUUUACCUACUUACUAUAUAUGGUUAUAUCAAGCCUGGGGUAGGUGGUGAUGUAGUGGUUAGCACUCUGCACUAUGAACCUGUAAAGCUGAGUUAGAUUCCCGACCACAACUAACAUCAGUGGCGAGUGAUUACUGAUCCUAAGCAUCUCCCCUUUCACUAUGCCACACUGACCAACAAAGUGAAAUAUGGUCAGAUAACUGCCAUGACUGACAGAAUGGAGAGGCACUAAUCCAACAGUGGAUUGAAAAGGGGCUGUAAAUUAUAUAUAUGUUUUACAGACAGUAUUGAACACGUAGUGAGUGAUGUGCAAAUGUGCAUACUUUGAAUAGCCUUUUCUCUCAUGUUCACUGCCUGUAGUUUACUCCAUUUGGAUAGAUACAUCAACAUUAAAAACAGCAUCCCCCUGGCGUAAACAAGUGUUGCUUGUUCAUCCUGACCCAGAGGUGGAAAUCCGCAUUGUUAUUGUAUAUCCCUAUCUCUCAAGGAUAAUCACUGGUGACUUGCCACUGAGUGCAACAGCCUCACCAGGUGAUCCCCACAUUACUCCCCAGAAGGGACAUCAACAAUGGGGUUUAACCCUGACCGGGAUAUGAACUCUUAACCUCGUUUACUAUAUUCCGGUCAUCCUCGCAGCGGCUUUUGGCCAACCGUUGAACAAAGACGGUCAUUGCAUCGCGCGCUUUCAGAUGCGCUUCUGCGGCCGUCUGGAAUGCUCUUUCGAUAUUAGGAAGCCACUGGAGCUAUGCACUUUUAAAUCUAGUUUGAAAACUAAUUUGUUUAGAACUGCUUGUUGUGUUUACUUUGUCCUUCCCCCGGACCUCUGAUUAGCACAGUUGGCUACGUAUGGUGCGAACGAAAUUCAACAUAUUUGUUUAGUAAGAUUUCUCCUGAAUAUUCUCCUUGAGAUGGUCCAUCUCCUUUGCAAGGGCGGCCAGCUGUGUUAUUUGACACGUAGAGAGCAAAUGGCGGCCCUGCUGCGCUGAGCGGUAUCCCAAGGCAGGCAGUGGGUUGCUUUUUUAUUUGUAAUUAAUACUACAUGGCGUAUGAUUACACAUGUGAGAAGUGCAAUUGUGAUCAUGCACAGGUUGGAUGAACUCAUAAUCGAUUGUCCCCGUUUGUUGCGGCAAAACCUUUUUUGUGUGAGGGCUAAUUGGCUGCUGUGUUGUAACUAGGCCUGUAAUGAUUCUUCACCCUCCAGCAAUUUUAUGAAUUGUCACGAUUUGAGGGCCCUAGUUCAAUUCAAAAAUCUAUCUUUUUUCGUCGUUUUUUUACCGUCUUUGUGUUGUUGUUGUUUCUCCGUCUUUGUAAAAUUUUAAUCACUCCAUUAACUAAAAUGUAGAAUGAGCGUAUCACUCUCAUAAAUUGUAAAUAGUCAAUUAUCUUGUGCACGUUGCAUGUAUUGUGAGCAUAUGAAUCGCUGUUACUCAAUGAGGUGGUGCAUCCGUUAGAUGGAUACUCAUUACCAUUUGCUCUUGGACUUAGGAAAAGCUUGUUUCUUUAAUUUAUUUCCACUUAAUAUAGACGUCUAUUCAUAUUAUACCGUGUCAGACUGCGUUAAGUUGAACAAUACGUGAUCAUUGCAAGUCAUUUAGUUUUCAAUGCGGCAAAAUACAUUGCACUGUAUAUAUCUAUGCUCCCACGUGUAUGCUUCCCACCUUUGGCAACCUGCACUGAUCAGUAUGGUGGAUGUAUGGUCAAAUAUCCCCCACGACCUGCAUGGUGUGGGGAGGCCCUGAAUUCAGCAGUGCAUUGAAAAAGGGCUGUACAUGUAUGUGUAGUAACUUGUUACACCCUGUACAUAGAGUGUAUAUAUCUCUGUAUAAUCACAUGCCGUUGUACCUGUUUUCACAUUUUGAGAAAACAGGGCAACUUACAUGCCAGGUUGAAGAUCAACAACAUUAAAGAGUUUUUUUAAAUAUAUAUAAUUGCAAUGAUUCCUAACUCAUUUGCCAUUUAAAAUCAAGGAGAUAAAUGUUCACUCUGUCCUAAUUGUAAAGUUCAAAAUUACAUUCAGAAGUUGCUGAUGGUCAGAAACAUAUUACAGCUUUAGUAACGUUAUCUCGGGCAUGUUGUGUAUGUAGGUGAAGGACUUGGCGUUUGGUUAAAGUACUAUAGUGGUGGUUAAAUUGAAAUGAGUAAAAUGUCUUGUUUCACUUUGUUACCAUUAUUUUGGACAAUCGUGUAAGCAUAUUAAUGGUAGAGAUGGCUGUAGAUUUACAAAAAUGUUGAUAAAACCUAGAUCAGUAAGUUUAUUGUCAGAAGACGUCUGGCUCUGUGGUUCGCAUCAUGAUCUUACACUAAGCAGCUCAUGGUUUGUAAAUAUACGAAUUCGAAAUUCACUUGCACGUAUGUUAAGUGAUGAUUAUUAAAAACUGGUUCCUGAGCAAGUAUGGGUUCGUGAGGACUGAAGGUCACAACCAAGGCUCAGAGGUUUGUUAUCGGUGGUGAGCUCAGGUUGGAAAGGAUUGGUACGCACGCGUGUGUGUUGUGUAGGUUUAUUUGGUUUUCUUGUUUUAUUUACUUGUUACACUUCUAUUGUCGUUGAUGCAACAUGAAAAAUGACUGAAAACGGAAACACAAACUUUAACACAUAGCUGUGGUUGCGAUAGACUGUGGGUGGUGAAUGCAGCGUGUGGCAUAGCAUCGACUUGCAGGAGCGGCUCUGUAGGUAAACCGAGCUUCCUGUGCUUUGUUUGAUUUACCCCCCCCCCCCAUCACAGAGUGUGUGGUCAGAGCCACUGGAGAAAGACCGGGGUGGGGUGGGGCCCCCUUAUAAAUAUUUUUUUUUGACCUAGCCCUGGUUUUUUGCUCUGCGUGCCUGGACUUGGCUGACGUAGUCCAGAUGAUUAUGUCACUGAUCUCGUCUGAUUUUACCUCUUAUUUUUCCUGAACGGCGGUGGAUGAGACGGACGGCACUGCACACCCUUGACGGGGACACGUGCCCGUCCACCGGUCUCACGAUUGAAUCGGGGACCCAUUCGAUUCCAGUGAUGAUGACCACCUAAACUCUUGAUUGAUUAAUGUAAUUUAAUAAACGACAUGAAGUUUCUUUUUUAGUUCUUGAUCACUUUUCAAAGGCACACUCGUUUACCAUACUUACCUGGGGGAUAUUUGUUGUUUACAGUCUUCACUUGCGGAUAGUUUAAAAUAUAUUUACGACGUGCAGAAUCAGAAUAUGUAUUUAUACUGGAGGAAUCUGAUGAGCUAUAAAGCCCUUUUUCACCGAUAUCCACGCUUGUGACCGUGCUGUCGUGGGGUCUUAAUGCUCUACAGCAGAUAGCACGACAUUGGCAAAUGACGGGAAUCGGGCUCUUGAGAGAGUGCAACACAAUCACACAGUGGGAAUUAGUGUGUAGGAGGCACACUAAUGGACGUACAACUUGGUUGGUGUUUGCGUGCCGCUUGUUAAGCACUUCGCUUUGUCGAUCAGCGUGGACGCUUCCUUCAAUAUCCACGCGAAUGACCUGGGGUAAAUGGACCGUCCUGUCGUGUGGUAAAUCGUGGGUACGUCCAACUCGGUUUAACACCUAUGCUUUUGCGCCCAAUAUCCUAAUUAGAUCACGUAAAUAUUAAAUCGCGUAAAUAUAAAUGUGUCAUUAAACCCGCCACCACCCAACACAGCCAAUUAGUAAGGUUUGUCACGUAAACAUAACGUGCCAAUUUGUUACUAGUUCAGUAACGAAUUGUGGGUUUACUCUCCAACGCACCGGUGUGCUAAACUAGUAACGAAUUUGCUUGUUUUGUUUACGUCCAACUGUUACACCCUGCCUGAGCAGGCAUAUUGUUGUACAGUGGUGUGUUGCCUGAAUGUAACUCGUCAAAAUGAAAGAGGGAGGCUCUCCAGUGGUAAUGAUAUGGGCAUUCCACAUACGCACAGCAACAAAGUCUUAUCUGGCCAGGCUAAAUGGUCGAGAACACAAUGCUGGUACGGCAUACAAGGAGGUUGGUAGUGGUGUUAGCACCGCCAAUAGUAAGUAAGCAAGCCACCUUUGAUUAUUGCACAGCGUUGGUUAUCCACACCACGCCAUGUACUCGUUUCAGUCUGAACGAGGGGGAAGGAGAGUUUUUACAUAGCUGUUGUCACUGAUGUGAAUCGUGGCCAUGGCUCUUAACGUGGGUUGCUGGAAUUGUGGUGCAGUGUGAUAACCACCGUGCCACCAAAAUCCCGGUGGACCUUCAGGCAUAAACAAAAACGCAUAAGGGGUGGCGGACAACAUUUUUUGGGGAACAAAACUGUUCACCAAGCUGGUACCAACGUAAUGUCAUGCCAACUAUAAAGUACAUGCCAGACGGGCAGUCCUUGUUUAAGCAGUUAAGAUCCCACUUGAGACGGCACGUCUUAAAAGGGAGGCAAGGAUAAUUCCAGUUGCACGGAACACGGCAAAUGCAUUUGUGUUAAGAGAUUCAUGGACCACCUUUGUCUAAGUGGGCUAUUACACGGCUUAAAUAGUUUAUGAAAACAACCAUUUGCCAUCUAUUGCGCAUUUACAUUCAUUACGUCGUUUGCGACUGAGAGGGUAUGUGUAAUAAUUUUACAGUGCAUAGAUUACCAAACUCCAUUCCUCGUCAGCCACCAUGCUACAUACAUUUCCACGCAACUUUUAUUCUUUAUAUGCAAGUUAAUAUAUUAUACAUUGAACUCACCUGACGAUCUGUAAAAUGUAAAACUAGACUGGUGCGAUGUAAAGAAUAGAGUUUGGAAAACCUCGGUAUCGAAUCAAUCGUGGUUACUUUUAAGUUUAUAUUUUGGUUCCUAAGAAUAUGUACACACCCCUUGUGUUUUUUGCUGAAUGUGCGAAAUAAGUAACAACUUUACCUGCACCUGUCAGUAAGCAGCUAUUGCAAAUUCGCCCCAUGCUUUUACUGGUCUUGAUAUGUGAAGCUGUUGGCAAUGGCCAUCACAAUUGUGAAAUAUAUUCCUGCAGUAA